GUUGUUUUUCAAUUUUUUUCAGAUAUGAGCAGCGUGUUCAUAACCUAAUACAAUAAAGUGACUCGAAAUGGAUUGGACUACAGGAGAUUUGGUAUGGUUCGACCCUGGACUCGGUCAUCCACUACCUGGGGAAAUACUAGAAGUACACCGUGCUGCACAAGUAAUCAUUGUGCAAGCUCUUAUCAAUGGCAAGCACCAAACAUUUACUCUCAGCCCUAGCGAGGGUAAUCUUCAUCCGCGUCAGGACCUUGGAAAAACAGGAGUAGAAGAUAUGACUCAAUUGGAGGACUUGCAUGAGGCAUCAUUGCUCUGGAAUUUGAAAUUGCGUUAUGAUAAUGGAUUAAUCUAUACUUAUGCUGGAAGCAUACUAAUUGCAGUGAACCCGUACAAAAUGUUUGCCGAUGCGUAUGGUAUAGAAAUAGCUAAAAUGUAUUCGGGAAAGCCUCUUGGCACACACCCUCCGCAUCUUUUUGCAAUUGGCUCCGCUGCACAUGCUGCCUUACCAUCACCACAAGUAGUUGUUAUUUCCGGCGAAUCGGGAUCAGGGAAAACAGAAUCUACCAAACUGGUUAUGCAGUACUUAGCUGCGGUAGUUCCAGGAGGAGGAUCAGCUUCUGCCGUUAUAACAGAACAAAUAUUGGAAGCAGCACCAUUACUGGAAGCUUUUGGAAACGCUAGAACCACGCGAAAUGACAACAGCUCAAGAUUCGGGAAAUAUCUGGAGGUUUUUUUCAAAUCAGGAGCAAUUAUUGGAGCAAAAAUAACACAGUAUCUAUUGGAAAAAUCUAGAAUUGUUACUCAAGCUCCUGGAGAACGUAAUUAUCACGUAUUCUACGAAUUACUUGGAGGGCUUUCAGAAAAUGAUCGUACGAAAUAUGGCCUUUUAGAUGCAGACAAGUAUUUUUACUUGAACCAAGGGGGAUCAGAUUGUUCUCCAGGCCGUGUUGAUUGGGCAUCACUUCAAGGAGCAAUGCAAGUGCUAGGAGUAUCUGAAAACGAGCGAGAAGGUAUUGUGAACGUUCUUGCUUCUGUUUUGCACCUGGGGAAUGUUUAUUUUCAUCGAAGGCAAUUAAGACAUGGUCAGGAGGGUGUAGAAAUUGGAUCAGACGCGGAAAUAAAAUGGGCAGCACAUUUGCUUCAGAUACCUUCAGAGGGCAUUCUUCGAUCGCUUACUUCGCGAAUAACCGAAACAAGAUCAGAACGGCUGUAUACACCUCUCAGUAUCGAUCAAGCUCUAGAUGCGAGAGAUGCUCUUGCUAAAGCGUUAUAUUCAGGACUGUUUAAUUGGCUAGUUCUUCGAAUAAACUCAAUCGUCCAUAAAGGAGGAACAUAUGAUGCACACCGUAUAUCAUUACUUGAUAUUUUUGGUUUUGAAGAUCUGGCGGAAAAUUCUUUCGAACAGUUAUGCAUCAAUUAUGCUAACGAGAGUCUUCAACUUUAUUUUAACAAACACGUUUUCAAACUGGAGCAAGCAGAAUACGCCAAGGAACGUUUGGAAUGGAAUCCAAUGGAAUGGGAAGAUAAUCUACCAGUUAUUCAUCUGCUAGCGAAAAAACCUGUGGGAAUAUUUCAUUUGUUGGAUGAUGAAUCUAAUUUUCCACGUGCCAAUGACCUGAGCUUCUUAGAAAAGUGUCACUAUAAUCACGCAUUAAAUGAACUUUAUUCUAGACCGCGGAUCGGAGCACAAGAAUUUGGAAUAACACAUUAUGCUGGACAGGUUUGGUAUUGUGUCGACGGUUUCCUGGAGAAAAAUCGCGAUGCACUGAAAAUGGAUGUAAUUGAACUGUUGAGCUCCAGUACCGAACCUCUGGUUGGUGAAAUGACUAAACACCUAAGGGCACAGCGCGAUAUUGGCAAAACUUUACCGCGUGGCAUUAAUGGAAGAUUUGUAACAAUGAAACCCAGAACUCCUACCGUAGCAGCAAGAUUUUCUGAUUCAUUGCAACAACUGCUGCAAUCAAUGGCUAAAUGUAAUCCAUGGUUUGUUAGGUGUGUUAAACCUAACAAUGACAAACAGGCAUUACGAAUGGAUAUGCCGUGCGUUUUGCAGCAAUUAAGAUAUUUGGGCAUGCUUGAUACUAUAAAAAUAAGACAACGUGGUUACCCAGUUCGACUUCGAUUCCAACAUUUCGUGGAACGUUAUAGACAUAUGCUUAAAACACCAUUACCUCGAGGGACACCUUACCGCGAGCUGAGUCGUUUUGUACUAGACUCAUUGCCUGGAACAAACACAGAAGGACCUGAUUUCCAGCUUGGAGCAACCAGAGUUUUUUUAAGGGAGGCUCUACAUCGUACAUUGGAAGCAAGUAGGUCCGAUCGUCUCCGUAUGGCGGCGAUCACUAUUCAAAAAAAUGUCCGUGGGAUGCUUGCACGGAAACGGAUUCAAAGGCGAAAACUAGGAGCUGUUGCCAUUCAAACAAUUUGGCGUGGUUACCGAGAAAGAAAAAAGUAUGUUUCUUUACGAAAGUGUGUUAUUAAAGCACAAGCAUUGUAUCGAGGCCGCGUGCAAAGAGCACGGUAUGCGAGAUUAAAAACUGAAUUAAAAAGACGCCGAGACGUGGAACGAAUUCACAAAGAACGUGUAGCUCAAAGCCUAGCAAAAGAACAGGUUGAACGAAAUUCAUCGGCCCUUUUGGAUAUUCCGGCCGAACUUGUAUUUAUAUUUUCCAAAUCUGAACAUUGGUCAGGACAACAUACAGAUCGUCAUUUGGUUAAAGUAGUAGGAACCGUUCCUGGACCACCAACCGCAUCUGAUUUACCCCCAGACUUGGAACAAUUUGGAUUCGGAAAGUUUAGUUCUGUCUAUUGCAAUGGAAUGAAAAUAUCAUCCAGGCGCGAUGUAAUAUCUACUCCUUUCUUAUCCAGAGCCGCUGCACGAGAUCAAGACUUUAAAGAUUCAAUUGCAAUAUUUAAACUGAUUUUAAGGUGGACAUCUGAUUCUGCUAUUGAUCAGAACAAAGAAAAGAUAAUGGUUGACUAUAUUAUACAUAAAGGACUUUCAUCUAGAGGGCUUAGAGAUGAAAUACUCGUGCAAAUUUGCAACCAAGUAUAUAGAGCUGAAGAGAACUCAGCAGAUAAAUUAUGGCUGUUAAUGUUACAUUGCCUCUCAGCUUUUCAACCUGGGUCUGCAUUUAGUAAAUAUUUGAUCAAAUUUAUAGUAGAUAAUGCUCCGCAAAAUACUAAAGAACAAUUAUUAAAAAAGUUAUUGAGGAAUGACAUUGGAGCCCAAUCAAAUCCAUGUCGUCUUUUCCCGCCUACUUGGCUAGAAUGGAAAGCGUCAUCAAGACUUGCUGACACCGCUUUGGCACUUAUUUUACCGGAUGGUAUCAUGCAAACAGUUGCGGUUGAUUCUUGGACUACUUGCGAGGAGGCUGCUGCUUUGGCAAUUUCAUCAUUCGGAAUUCCAAACCUAGGCUGGACUGUUGUAAUUGAUGAUAGCGGAUUGUUGACAGAUUCUUGUGGCCUGGAUUUUGUUUUAGAUUUAGUGUCGGAAAAAGAGCUAUGUCCAGCCUUUCCAGCAGUGCGCAGUGAUCUACUUAGAUGCGGUAGUAGAAAUUCUCAAAUCACGAUAGAACCUGAAAUCAGCCCAAAACGCCCCCAAGUGCCUCCGCCGGAACCACCACCGGUGAAACGAGUGUCCGAUUUACAAAUGCUUCCAGUUUCCAUAGGAUCAUCAUUAAGUAUAGGUAAAGUAGAUGGAGAUGAAAUAAGACCAGAAUAUACAAGACAUAUGGAGUCUAUAGCGAGAAAAAGUUCUCACGAUGCAGUUUCUCGCAGUAAAAUUCUAAAUGAACGUUAUUUCGAAUCAGAAAAAUCUAGGUCAAGGUCGUUAGAUGAUCUUUUGAUGACAGAUUCGAACGAUAUGAGCACUAUGAACGAAUCAGAUCCGGUUUUGUCAAUAGCAGAUCAUCAGCAGAAUGACCAUUAUCGCUCAACUGAAGGCAUUGCUCCUAUUAAGGAAACGCAACCCAGAUAUGUAAAAUCUCAAUACGCGGGAAAGCGAUCAGCUGGUUCACAUUCGAGUAAAUAUAUUGACAAAUCAGAGAUGAGCAUCCGGUCAUCAGCUAUGUCGGAUACUAGUGAGGCUCCAUCUCUAGCGAGUCACGUAAGAAGGGUGCGUGUUCCUUCACAGGCAUCUGAUGUAGACCAAUUUUUGGAUGACUUGUUCAGUCCUGUUCUAGAUGGGUCAUUAGACGAGUUAUCAGAUGCUAGAUCGAUUUCCACCAGUAUCAGAGGCUCUAGAAAAAACAGUAAAUCGCAAAAUAAACGCACAAAUGCAGUUGAAGAUUAUCUAGAUGAUAUGUUAAAUUCAAUAAAAAUUUGUAAAUCUGUCUCGAACCUGCAGAGCGAGAAAAUAAUCACACACAUAAUUAAAGGAGGCGGAACCACUCAUCAAACGAAAAGCAAUGUGUCGAAUGGAUUCUCUCCUAACAAUACUAGUUAUAAUACAUCACAAAUUACACCAAUCAAUCCGAAUUCUCUAUUGAUGAUGAACCCAACUAGUUCAGAUGCCGUAAUGCCAGUAUAUAAUAUACCACCGGGAGUCGAUACGAGCGCCUAUCAGCAACAUGUUCAGCGCGCAUUUUUGCAAUCCGCAAUGGCUCAAAAUAUACAAAUUCAACAACAGUUAAUAGCACAGAACCAAGCACUGCAAACAUUGUUGACUCAACAGGAUACUCCUACGUCACCUAUUGCGCAAAACUUGUCACCAAAAUUGAUUGUAUCGCUAUCACCAUCAACUCCUCAAUCAUCUAACCGAAAGUCUAGCGUAAAGAACAGAUCCGAUUCUGCGACUUCACUUUCUGAUUUACUACGAAACCGAAAAGAUUCAUCAUCGGCAAAUCUUAUACCUCCUCCGCCUCCUCCUCCGCUACCUCCGCCUUUAGAGAUGAAAGAUCCACUUGAAGUACGACCAUUCCUCGAUCCUUAUGGUCGAGCCAAAACUGUAAGAAUAGGAAAAUGGAGAUGGCCGCCACCACAGGAUUCGAUAGGAGGAGACGGUGAAGAAAACUUUAUUCAAUUUAAAAUGCGACAAACCAAUCGUAAAACAACGCCACAAUCACAAAUUAGCAAUCAAGAUUCUCCAAUCGGUUCACCCAAUGGCAUUGAAUGGGAUGAAUUUGAAAUAGACCAGCAAAGCGGAAAUAAUUCAAGUACUGUGAACCAAAUGGUAGAUCCUAAUCAAAAACAGAAUCAAACUAAUCGCAACGCAAAGCGUAGCUUUGAUGUUGGAGCGGAUAGGCCAAUUCCGACUAGUGUUGGAAAAUUAAAACUCAGCAACGAAAUGAGACAGCGUCUCGAGCAAGUGACAGCUGGACAUUCUGUGCGUUCUAGCAGCACUCGUUCAGACAAAACUGAACGUGUACCAGCCAAAUUGGAGGAUGCUCGGAGAAUGAUUCUAGAGCAACAGCUUGGUGGUCUUGCUACAUUGCAAAAUACAUCCAUCACGCAAUGUGAUGUACCAUCUGUGAAAACACAGAUAAAAAGGAUGGAAGCUGGAAAGAGAGUAGUCACGUCAUGGCCUACGGUAUUACCACCUGCUCCAGCAGGUCCGGCACCACCCCCACCAAUACGUCCGCCAAAUACUAUGCCUCCAGCACCACCACCACCAAUGAACCCCAACUAUUCAACUCAUUUGCAGUCAGCGCAUCAAGAAAUUCCCUCCUUUGUUCAACGGCAAGAGCGAGACACUUUUGGGGUAAAAGAUCCAUAUAAUGAUUCAUGGAGCCGUGCAGAAGAAGCGAAACUUGAAUUAGUUUAUGAAACCAGUUUUAAAAAAGACGUACCACUACAAAGAGAGAGAUCUAGAUCCCGUUCUCGAUCUAGGGACCGCGAGAAUUUUUCUGAAUCAGUUUGGGAUCGUACUGAAGUGGAAGGUCCAUCUUCCAAUAACAGUGAUCGUGACAAUAAAGAACGUGAAAAACGCGAUCGCAAUUACGAAAUAUCACAGAUUCAAAGAGAAAAAGAAAGUAACAAGGUAUAUCAACCAUCCCAAUCAAAAACCACAUCUAUUACCAGCAAUCGUCAUUCAGUUGCGACCUUCAAAACCCACAUGAUACAAAAAAGUGUACAAGAGAAAGAACGCAAAUCAUCUACAACUACGCUCUCUACCAUCAAUAACGACCUGAUAGAUGGAAAUGAUAUGGCUAUACAUGAUCCACCGGCACCAAUAAUGCCUUCUCCAGCUCCACCAUCGCUGAAAUCUCCUGCUUCUGCUUGUCUCACGUAUAACAAAGUUACAUGGAAACUUCUCGUCCGCAAAGAAGUUUUUCGUCCAAGCGAGUCUGUUAAUGCACCAGCAGCGUUGGACCUAUUGUUUGCGCAAAUAACUGCCGAUGUGUUUGGCGUAAACCCUUGCCUUCGCAUAGCUCCACAAGAGAAACGGGUAGCGUUGAAUUUAUUGAAUAGUCACGGUGUGAACACAAAUGAUAACACAACUGCUCAAGUGAGAGCAAUUGUAAAACGACAUCUUUUAGACAUGGCACGAGGCUGGCCGUUAUAUUUUGCGCGUAUUUUCAUUUUAAACGGAUCGCCAACUAUUCCUGGUGGUACAUUAUUAGCGAUCUCGCAUGUGGCAGUAUAUUUAGCGCGGAAGGAUCAAGAUUUUAUUUUGGCUCAAAAAAUAAUUCCAUUCACGGAUCUGCAAAGUGUAAUGACUUUACCUAGACCUUCUACAUUUCAACUAACAAUGAAAAAUGGUAGCCGAUUGGUACUACAUGCACCAAAAGCAACAGCUAUACAAAGCAUGCUACAAUCAUAUUUGUUGGAAUAUCGGCAGACGCAAUCAAAAGGGCCGACAAUAUCAUCCGGCGUUCGUGCGGCAGCUGCGACCCUCAACGUUCCAUUGGAACGACUCGAAAUGUCUAACAACAAUAUAAAUUCUCCGAUGCAAUUAUCACCUGUUGAAAAAUCACAUCAGUUUUCACAAAUGGAUUUUGAAAAUAUGCAUGUCGAUAACCAACCUCAACAAGACAUUCCGCAUUUACCAAACAAUCAACACAGCUUUGGGCAUCACAACAACUCGGUCGGGAAUACUUACACCCAAAGUAAUACCAUAAUACAGCACGAUGAAUCAUCGCCAACUCAAGCUUCACUCACAAAACAUUCAUUGCUUCAAUUCGCAAUGCAACAUUUCAGGAAUGACGGCGAUGAGCUCAAAACAGGCAGAAAUGACAAUCGCUCGAUUCCACGAAAUCCACAUGCUGAUCUAGUGAAGUGGCAAGGACAUCCUCUUCGAGUACCGCUACUUCGAUUACCGCCGGAUCUGACUCCAUUGGCUCUAGAAUGUUUUAACUGUAUCCUUCGGUACUGUGGAGAUCUCGUUUCUGAUCCCGAACUAACAGAAGUUAAAUGUGUCUACACAGUCCUUAUGCACUGCCAUAAACAUUUGGCAUUACGGGAUGAGGUAUACUGUCAGCUUAUCAAACAGACCACUGCCAAUCGUUCGUCUUGUCCAGAAUCUGCGCAACGAGCCUGGCGUCUUUUAAGCAUACUAGCAGCGUACUUUGGGUGCUCUGAAGCCUUACGUCCGUACUUAAUUGAACACCUGACAUCCGCUGCAUCGGAUCGACGUAGAUCAUGCCAUGGAACCGCCGCCGUUUGCCUAACGAACUUACGUAAAACUGCACGGUGUGGUGGAAGAAAAAAUGUACCAAGUGUAGAAGAAGUCACAGCAGUAUCAGCCGGACGAUCCGCAAGAAGACAAAUCUAUCGAUUGCCAGGUGGAGCAGAACGUAUAGUCAAUACACGAUGUUCAACGGUUGUUGGUGACGUAAUAACAGAAUUGUGUUCUCUCCUGGGGAUUGAGGUUUCAGCGGAACAACAAGAAUUUUCUUUGUAUUGUAUUGUUCAAGGUGAUGCCUUUACAAUGCCUCUCGCGGCAGAUGAAUAUAUCCUUGAUGUCACAACUGAAUUGCUGAAAUCAGGACAGCCGUUUUAUCUCAUUUUUUGCCGCUCAGUGUGGCAUUUCUCUCUGAAACGAGACCCUGCACCAACACCUUUAUACAUAGAAGUGUUGUUCAAUCAAGUUGCACCCGAUUACUUGGAAGGGCUACUAUUAGAACUGCCAAGUGGUGGAGCGCCAACACCUGAUUACGUGCGUGACAUGGCUAGAAUUGCUGCAAUUUUACACAGAGCUGCUGAUUUGAAUCAUUUACCAGCAAUGAAAGAAAUUAAGUUUCUUCUACCUAAGCCAGCAUUAUCUUUACGGGAGCUCCGUCCAGCUCAAUGGGUCGCAUUGGUCCAGUCAGCAUGGCCGUCUAUUGCCGGACUAAGCCCUAUACAAGUGAAGGCACAAUUUCUGAAUGUACUCUCUUCUUGGCCAUUAUUUGGAAGUAGUUUUUUCGCAGUUAAACGUGUUUGGUCAGAGGAAAGUCCUGCUGAGGAAAUCAGUCCUAUGUGGAGAGAACUUAUUCUUGCUUUGAACAGAAGAGGGGUAUUAUUCUUGGACCCUAAUACACAUGAAACAAUGCAGCAUUGGCCAUUUAACGAAGUGAUUUCUACAAGAAAGGUUAGAUCAGAGGAUGGAGCGCUUUUUCUGGAUAUGAAGGUUGGAAAUCUUCUCCAGCAACGUGUUAUUAGAGUUCAGACAGAACAAGCCCAUGAAAUUUCGAGACUUGUGCGACAAUAUAUCACUAUGGCUCAGGCACAACUUAGAGAUCGUAGGGAAUAGUUAUAACUGUAUACAUUAUGGAAACAUAAGGUUAUCAAAUGCAACAUUCAAAUUUUGUUGAGAUGCUAUUUUUCAAAGAUGCAUAGAUGUCAUACUUAAUUACAAACAAAUAAUAAGACAUUAAAAUUUAAUAAAAUUUAUUGAUUUUA